AAUCGGAGUCGCGCGCUCUGGGUGAAGUUUAAAAGGAUUUCGCAGCUGGUUAACGGUGAUGGAGUGAAUGCGGCAAUCUAUUGGCUGUGGGCUUUGUAAAUUCCACUCGGCGCAGUCCAAUGGCAACUGAGAGAGCGCGAGAGUGAGAGAGAGAGAGAGAGGGGGAGAGAGAGAGAGAGAGGUCCAGCUUUGGUGUCUCUCCCUUUAAUCUCUCCGUCUUUCUCUGUAGAAGCAACCUGAAUCUCUGCAUUUAAAUGCUCGAGCGCAUUGCAUUAAUAAACCCGGAUCAGCCACACUGUCUCUUCUGUUCUUCUGUUCAUCGGACUCUUUGGAUUGGAUGUUUUUUUUUUAAGCGGGGACCGAAGGAUUUUUGGGGACUUUGCUUUCUCGUUUGUUGCAUGUUCAUGUUUGGCCAUAUCCCAUGAAGUCGGUGCGCAGCUUGGAGAGAGUCCUGUGAUGCAGAUAAUGCACAGGCAAACCAUUGAAGAUGGAGUGAAGAGUGGAAAGUAGUUACACUGGAAGACAGCAAAGAAGACGGAGCUACCUUUUUUGUUUCUAUCAAAGGGUAGCUGUUUGACAGAUUUAAAGCUACCACAUCAAGCAAGACCCGUUUCCUUGGGAUGGGGGGUUCUAGUGUUGGUGAUGUGAUUGGAGGGUGUCUUGCCUAUAAGCUGCCCAUCAUAGCCUGAGACAGGGGUUUCACCUCAUCUGUUCAGGUGGGAUUAUAGGACCGUAGAUACCUUGUUCUCCCCAACCUCAGCUGGACCAUGUCACGGCAAGGAGGAACCACAUGGAUACCUACAACCAUGAUCCAGCCAUUUGCCAAUCUACACCGAAUCUGUUGGAUUGUAGUAGUGGUAGGUUCUUGCUUAGAAGUGGCCCAGGGGCAACAGUAUCCAGUUGUCACUACAAACUACGGCAAGUUGAGAGGCUUAAAAACAUCACUGCCCAAUGAGAUUUUGGGACCUGUGGAACAGUACUUGGGUAUUCCCUACGCUCUGCCGCCCACAGGCGAGAGGAGGUUUCAGCCUCCAGAGCCACCCAUGUCUUGGCCGGGUAUCCGAAAUGCCACUCAGUUCGCCCCGGUGUGUCCCCAGUUUCUGGAAGACCGCUUUUUACUCAAUGAUAUGUUACCUGUAUGGUUCACUGCUAACUUGGAUACAGUGGUAACCUACGUGCAGGACCAAAGCGAGGACUGUCUAUACCUGAACAUCUAUGUGCCCACUGAGGAUGUAGGAGCCAACACUUACAAUCAACGCGCUGAUUUCACCAAUAAUGAGGGUGGCGAAGACAAAGACAUCCACGACGAGAACGGUCUGAGGCCCGUCAUGGUAUACAUUCACGGCGGAUCUUACAUGGAAGGCACAGGGAACAUGAUCGAUGGCAGCAUCCUGGCCAGCUAUGGAAACGUCAUCGUAGUUACCCUUAACUACAGACUGGGAGUGUUGGGAUUUCUAAGCACAGGGGAUCAGGCUGCCAAAGGGAAUUAUGGCCUGUUGGACCAGAUUCAAGCGUUGCGGUGGAUCAAAGACAACAUCCAGGCCUUCAAAGGAGAUCCAAAAAGGGUGACGAUAUUUGGAUCAGGAGCUGGAGCAUCAUGUGUUAGCUUGCUGACCCUGUCCCAUUAUUCAGAGGAUCUGUUUCAGAAAGCCAUCAUCCAAAGUGGCACGGCUCUAUCCAGCUGGGCCGUCAAUUACCAGCCGGCCAAGUACACGCGCAUGCUUGCCGAAAAAGUAGGCUGCAACAUGCUGGAUACCAUAGAACUGGUGGAAUGCUUGCAAAAUAAGAACUAUAAGGAGCUGAUCGAGCAAUAUAUCACGCAGGCCAAAUACCACAUUGCAUUCGGGCCUGUUAUAGAUGGUGAUGUCAUCCCAGAUGACCCACAGAUCCUCAUGGAGCAGGGUGAGUUCCUGAACUAUGACAUAAUGUUGGGCGUCAACCAGGGUGAAGGUUUCAAGUUCGUGGAUGGGAUUGUAGAUAGCGAGGAUGGCGUGUCGGCCAAUGACUUCGACUUUGCAGUGUCGGAUUUUGUGGACCACCUGUACGGUUAUCCGGAGGGGAAGGAUACACUCCGAGAGACUAUCAAGUUCAUGUACACUGAUUGGGCUGAUAAGGAGAAUCCAGAGACCAGGCGCAAGACUUUGGUUGCAUUAUUUACAGAUCACCAGUGGGUGGCGCCUGCCGUAGCUACAGCCGAUCUUCAUGCACAGUACGGAUCGCCGACGUACUUCUACGCUUUCUAUCACCAUUGCCAGAGCGAGAUGAAGCCGAGCUGGGCCGACUCGGCACAUGGAGAUGAGGUGCCUUACGUGUUUGGGAUCCCUAUGAUUGGCCCGACUGAUCUGUUCAAUUGCAACUUCUCCAAGAAUGACGUCAUGCUCAGCGCAGUGGUGAUGACGUACUGGACGAAUUUUGCUAAGACAGGAGAUCCAAAUCAACCGGUACCGCAGGACACCAAGUUCAUACACACAAAACCCAAUCGGUUUGAAGAAGUAGCCUGGUCCAAGUACAACCCCAAAGAUCAGCUGUACCUGCACAUUGGCCUGAAGCCGAGAGUUCGAGACCACUACCGUGCCACCAAGGUGGCCUUCUGGCUUGAACUUGUGCCUCAUCUUCACAACAUCAAUGAACUGUUUCAGUACGUCUCGACCACCACCAAGAUCCCGCCGCAGGACACUACGCCCUUCCCUUAUACCAAACGACUAGGUAAAACUUGGCCGUCCACAACACGCCAUCCGGGAAUACCUCCUUCAAAUACCAAGCAAACCACAGACCAGCGUAAAGGCAAUGAUCUCGUUGAGGACUCUGCUGUGAUGAUCGAGACCAAGCGUGACUACUCGACAGAACUGAGUGUGACCAUUGCAGUGGGUGCGUCACUGCUCUUCCUGAACAUCCUGGCCUUUGCCGCACUCUACUACAAGAAAGACAAGCGACGCCACGAGUCUGGUCGUCGUGGUACCAGCCCACAACGCAAUGCCAACUCAAAUGCUAACGAUGUCUCCCGAAUGCAGAGUGACGAACUCGCAUCAUUGCAGAUGAAGCAGCAGCAACAACAACUGGAGCAACAACUUGAAAAUGAGCACCGGCACGAAUGUGAGGCACUGAGGCUCGCAUGCCCACCUGAUUACGCACUUACGCUCCGCCGGUCUCCUGACGAUGUGCCGCUCAUGACACCCAGCACCAUCACCAUGAUUCCCAGCUCGCUUGGCACCAUGCAGCCCUUGCACAAUUUCAAUGCAUUCGUUGGGACUCAGAACAGCACCAACCUCCCCCACGCUCACUCCACCACCAGGGUAUAGCUGCACGCUUUCGGAAUACCUUCAGACUACCACCUCCUCUCAGUACUAUUCUUAGGAAGUCAGGGUUGGUUUACUCCUGGCAUCGAGCUUAUGACUGAAGUCAUGGAUGAAAAAUUGCUCCACCUGGAGAUUGAUUCUCAGUGGAUAAGAUUAUUUUGCUACGCCUUCUUAAAGAAUAUAUGAGUCCAAUGUGAUCUAUUUGUGGGGUGGGGGAAGUGAAUGUUACUAAACUUCACACUGUACUUGGAGCCAAGUGGAGUGGGAAUAUUUUACCAAAAGUAAUUCUGUACUCUUUUGGACUAGUUUGCUUGCACAGGGGACACUUAGAAGCAAUGAUAGAAGGCAUCAAGGAUCUGUUAAAGCUUGGUACUGUUUAUCCUAUAUCAAUCAGUGCAAGAACACUGUAUUUUGAACAAAUCUACUUUUCCGACACACAUUGGACAUGGGAACAGAAUUCUCAAAUCUCCCAGCCUGAAAUGUAUUUAUGACAAAUUUGUAAAGAUGAGAAAUAUGUAAAUAGCUGUGAGUUACAAAUCCAAUACUAAAGAAAAUUACAAAUGCUUUUAUUGUUGUUGUUUUUGGUUCAAAAUAUUACUAUUAACAAGUUUGUGCUUUUUGUUGAAGUGACUGUAUAUAUACCAAUCAUAAUCAUAAUCACUGUUUUACUUUUCAAAAAAGGUUCGUGUUCACAUUUCACUUGCAAUAGUAAGCAAAGUAAUACUUAUUUCAACACACAUUAACCAUAAGUUUGCUCUUAGUGGUCCUUCACCUUUCUGUCCAGCAAACGUAGUUUGUUCAAAACCAGCUUCAUGCAUUGACCUAAAAAAUGGAGGAAAAUGAUCUGUAAUGGUAUUGAGACAAAUUAGCUAUUUAUGGUGAGUCAAGAUUUUGUAGUUUGUCUUUCACAUGGUAUGGGCACUGGCCAGUGGGAUUGGUUUUAUUUUAAUGAAUCACAUAAUGGGGAGACAUUGAAAACAUUGGCACUGUUGCUCAAGCAUGAUCAGAUGAUAAGUUUCUCCUGGUCAGUUAGGCUCCAUAUUGUUCUAAAUCAGAGAAAUAGUGCUUUGAUUCCAGGUGCCAUUGCAAAACAGCUGAAAACAGCAUCUUGUGUCCCCAACAGCUGUAGGUCAUUCACACCAUCUGCUUCAUUCGUAUUUUUAUUUUCAUAACUUUUCUGUUACAUGCACCACUGCCUGAACUGAAUAUGUGUUCAGCAAUGUACUGUUUAGAAUAAAAAAGGGCAAAAGAAAUAGCCCAGGCAGUGGAUUUUGCUAUAUUAGUUGGAUAUGUUUGUAAAGAAGUAUAUGUUAGAUAUUUCUACUUGUCAUAUGCUAGCAAUAUGUAUUGUGCCAGGCUUGUGAUAUUUUUGGGUUACAACGCAAGUGAAUGAAUGUAAAUAAAAAUAAACUAUAAAUGAUAUUAAAAAAUCAUUAACCCUAAUAUUUUAGUUCUGCAUCCUAUAAGAGAGCUUGGAAGUGCAAGCAAAGAUAAAAAAAAAGCAAACUGAAAUUUAUAAAGUUACCUUUGUAUAUUGAAUCUAAGAUAUUCAUCAUAGGCCCUUCAACUGUCAAUAAUUCAAGGGUGAAGUGUAGGAUUCUACAUAAUAGUUUGUCUUAUAUUGUUUGCGGUUUUUGCCUUAAGUGAUAGAUGAUAUUUCUGGCUGGACACCUAUAUAAUUUUUUUCUGCAACGUUUCUAAUAAAAAUCAAUAUUUUCUAA